CGGUCCUCUACUCGAGCGGGUGGAAUUUCAGUGAAACUUCGAUUUUCUGUAAGUAUGGUCCAGUGAAGCUAUAUGUAACCACAUAAUGAGAUACGCCCUCGUAACUGAUAAUACUUGCUAGAAUAACAUUCCUCUCACAGAUAGGCGGUGGAAUUUUACAGAAGAAGUGAAAACUGUACUUCCUGAAUAUGUCCGUUAUGACGAAAAAAAAAUUCUUUAUAGUCAUAGAAUUUUGAAUUGAUAAAACAUUACUGGUUAAAGCAUUUCCAUAUCAUUCUCAACACCACCUGGAGCUGAUCAAAUAAGCUCAUAUUUACCUGUUUACGGGAAUGUUUAUUUUUAAACCCACCAAUGUGGUGUUAGUGGUCGGUUUAUGUCGGCCCCAGCAGGCAAUCUCGCUGCAAUCGUCUCACUUGUGCCUCUGAGGACUCGUUGUGAUAGCCUUUUCAGCUGGAGGAAAGGACUGUAGCCUGAGUAUUCGGUGUUUCUGUGAGAAAUGAAGAGAGAACUGAAAAGGAUGAGAGCGAAACGAAAACAAAAAGCUUUUCUGUCUCAAUAUUGAUUCUCUAUUCCCACUAGCCUCCCACGCGGGGGUUCGUCACGCGUUGCUGCCCCCUGCCCCUCCUCGAACCCCUUAGAACGUCCGCGUGGGAGGCUAUAUUCCCACUACCCCGCUCCGUCAUCUAACAUUUCCUCUCUUCCCACCCCUAAGGUAGGCCUGAUACUCAGGUUAAAAGGACAAGGAAGAAAAUUCAUUUUGACGAGAGAAGGUCUUGUAAUGUCCUGAAGAAGUCGGUUUCUGAGCUCAUAGGAACUGGUUUUCUAGUUUGGAGAUUCUUCAGGAGCAAGACGUCCAUGAAGAUCAGCUGAAAUACAUAAAACUGAAAGAAAAGCAAGAUUUCAAAUACCAUGAAACCUUUUUAUGGCUAAUAUCAAUUUGCAUUUUUGACGCUUGUGGUUAAAUUUUAGGCCGCAGUUUGACGGCAGCCGGUUAUAAUCCCACUGAGACCCCCUUUUAAUAUACUAAUGCUACAUGUAGUAUGGCAAGAAGACUUCCUGUAAGUACGUAUGCGAAAAGGCACCAUUAUUUUUCAGUGAUAGGAAAAAGGUGUAAGGAGAGAUUUUCCAUGAAUUCUUUAUUUGCCUCGAAUUUCGUAUAUAGCUUUCAAAUGUUCGCUUUGACGUUUUUUUCAGCAAUUCAUACUGAAUUUGCAUAAAUAAGUUUUAGCUCCGCAAAAAGGUUCGUGCCAUUUUUAUUAUCCUUUGUUUCAUUUGCUUUGUGUUCGCUAGGUAAUAAUCAUAGAAAAGCCAGCAGUGUUCCUUAACAAACAAAACUAAUUGCUCGUUCUCUUUUCAAUUAUAUACAUUUUACGUCAAUGUUGACUCUUGAAAGAAUAUUUAAUUUCUUAAUAAUGGUUUAUUUGACUUUAGUCUAUUUUUCGUGAUUUUACUACCGGGCGACAUUUAUUCAUAGAAACGCCUUUCGUGCAGGUGCAUCUCGUUUUAACUGCAACUUAAGUUAUAUUUAUUUGCGAAAAUAUAUUUCAUUAAGUUGUUCGUUAAAGAGAGGUCUGAAUAACCGAAUUUUGAAUAUGAAAGGUUUUGCGGUCUUGCAAUUUUAAAAUUAGAUCGGUUUUUGUUUAAGGUGAAAACUUCCAAUUAGUCUGCGCUUCUUCUGUUUAAACAGCCGAUAGCUGAACUUGCAAUUUAAUUCAUUUUGUAACACUUUGUACAUAAACGCUGUUUUGCUGACCUGGCUAGGACUUUGUCUCAGUACAGUUUUACUUUCUAAAAUAGCAACAGUAACAAAAGAUUUCAGGUUAAAAAUAGAAUUUGUAUUUAGUUUUCAUUUAACUCUAAGUGAUUUCUUUUUAUAUUUCUAUUGUAUUCUUUUGUCUUCAAUGGUUGUAAAAAUCAUAUAUAAGUAAGUUAGUCUUUACUGAUUGCCGAUUAUUUCGCCGUGUCCUAGCCGAGUUAUUGCUGUUUGAUCCGCUGAAGAAUAAACGCUGUUGGAACCAAGUUUAGUUCUGUUUUAUCUACUGCUGUCCCAGUUAGUGGUCAGAUCCCGGUCCUACAGAGAAGUGACGGCUCUUCCCCGCAAGCGAGUUGCCAUUUAAGUCUAGUUUUCCCCAGUUUUAUCGUGAGUCAAGCACCGAGUUCCCGUUGAGCUUUAAAUUCGUUUCAAAGUGGAAAAACCUUUCGUCACAAAGGGGAUCCUAAUCUGUCAAAAAUGGUAUAUAAAGGGGUAAGGGGUUGGAUCUCGGGGCGGAGCUUACCCGCAUAAAACUUUGAGGAGUAGGCUGCUCCGUCCCCUGGGAGAGGGCUUCUUGCUACGUGUAAGCAGGGUUUCAUGCCGGAGUUUUCAUUGUCUUCGCAGCUUCACUCUUUCCUUCUCGCUCCACGACAACAAAGCCCUUGCUGGUACAGUUUAUGAAUCACUGAAAUUUGUCCAUACAAAAGGUAGGCAAAUCCUGUUUUCCAACAACACAACCAAACCAAUAAACAAAACAGCUUUCAUCCCCAGUUUUUCUUUACUGAAUACAACUGAACGUACUACAGUCAUCUAAAACCAUUCAAUUGUCGUUUCUUUAUAGGGGUAACUGUAGGCCAUUUAUAAGUGCUUACCAUGCGGUCAAUCUGCCUUCUUUUCCUUCAAGCUGUGUUCAUUGGUUUUGCCCGACACACCAAAGUAACUGCGAAGAGGCAUUGCCCCAAGUUUACUUCUUGUAUUGACAGCUAUGCUGACAUUUAUAAAUCCCUAGCAUCAGAGGAGAACAGUUUCAACAUUGAAUCUGCGCUUUAUCCAGCAAUGACGCCAUCAUCACUUGUAGUUAAAGUAGAGUUCAUUACACACAAUGAAACAUCAGUGGCAAAUUACACUUGGAGUUUAAACUGUUUAUAUGUUGCUAUUCCUCCUCAAGUCCUACAACUCUUGUCGCUUGGCUCAGUUCUUGUUACACCGCGCACACAAGAGCUGAAAGUCUGCAUCCCCCAUUUCUGUAGAAAUAUUGCAUCGACCAAGGAGCAGAAAGACCUCAUGACAGGUGUUCUCUCUGCGGUACGCAACUGUAUGCUUACUAUUCCGUUAUAGUUUACACUAAUUACAGAAGUUACAGAGAAACCGAGAUUACACAAUUAAAAGGGGAUUAAUCAAAGUCAUAAAGAAUCCAUACUCUUACACAAAAUUCUUACAUUUUAGGAGCCAACACCAAGAGGAAUUCUUGUUGGAGCAAGAAUUUAUCAAAUCCAGUCUUGUAAAAGCUUUAAAAAGGCAGAGACGUAGAUUUUAUGUCGCAUUUCGGAAGUGUCAAUCAAGUUUUGACACUUUUUUUUUCAAUUUAAGAAAAGAGUCGUGUAACUCCUUUAUUACAAAAUGAUAACCAAAUCUAUGAAUCACCUUGUUCAGUCAUUAAAAUGAAAAUAAGGGUGUUUUCUGCAGAGUAUCAGAGUUGCUAUAGAAACCACUAAGGUCUAGACUGACCAUAAUUUGUUCUCCAAUUUUAAACUGGGUGUUGAAUAUUUUAUUGUUGCAUUAACUGGUAAAAAAAGUGGCAAUAUGUAUUGUGUGUUUGUUCAACCAGUUGGGUCUCUAUCGUAUUAUACAAAUAUUGAUCAUAUUAAACAUAUUUCUUUUUCACAGCUUCAAGAUCUGGGCGUGAGUCCAGGAGUACGGGAUCCAAGACUUAACACAGUAGAUUGCGUUAUAGAGGGACAUGAAACAGACAUAAUGGCUACAGGACAGAGUUCGUACAUAAGAGCAAUUUUAUGGUGCGCUUUUAUUUUUUCAUUCUGGGCUGGUCCUUAUUUAGCGGAAAUUAUUUUAGGUGUGAUAGAACAGAGAUCCCAAGGUAACCAAAGUCCAACUGCAACCUCAUCCGCCGGGACGGGGCAAGUUGAAGUUGCUAUAGAACUCCUUGAUCCCCAGGCUCCCACUUCCCCGGGCCCGGGAGAAAAUAUUUCGGAGCCCCUGAUAAGGGCAGUAGUUUGCGUAUGUUGUUUAUUGCUUUGUGUAGAACUUAUAAUAUUAGUCUUUAUAUUCAAAUUUUCUGUAUCAGGAAAUGCCCCAAUUGAUGUUUACAUAUAUAUUGGGAUCCUUAUUUUGGAAGGUGUGAUAUUAACUUGCAUAAAAAAAUGCCCUUCGAAAAGAGUGUUUAUAUCAACAUUUUGUCUAAUCUUUACAUCGCAUCAUUUUUGUUGGCUGGUGAUCGGCAUUAUGAUUAAUCCAGUGUGGGGACUAACGGUUUUACUCCUAGCUUGCUUUUCUGUCAUCUUGUUAACUUUCCUACUCUGCCAAAUUUUUUGGGGAGGCAAUUUCAAAUGCAGCCGAGACGACAUCAUGCAAAUCAUUGUAUGUGGUGUUACCUUUUGCGGUGGUCUCUCGCUUGUUGCGUCAGCAGUUUUAGCGGGACAGUCGUUUUAUGGAAGGGGGACUGCGGACGAGCUGGUGAAAACCGUAUUGUUGUCUGUUAUCAGCCUUGGUACUUCACUGUUGUCUUGGCUGAGUAAAAAACGUUAG